AUGCCGAACUUAGCCAAAAGAUUAACAUAUUUCCAAAAACCUCUGCCAUACAUUCGUGGAAUCGAAGCCGAGAAAACCGUUCAUAAAGAUGACACCUGCGUUGAUGUCCCGGAAAAUCAAAAUCGCCGAAAAUCAACGGGCUCUACAAAGAUAAUUGAUUCGCUGAGUACUUUUGGUAACCUGACCCCUCCUGGUAGAUCGUUAAACAGGAGCAUAGAUCGAAUCCCUCCUUAUUCUGUCGACUCUCCUUCCCGAACGAACCUGAAUCCAGAUUUUGAUGCUAAGGAAACUCUUAAAAAGAUUUACGCGGCUCCGGUAGCUUUUGAAGGUCUCUGGUUGGCCAAUACUAUCCCGCCGGGUCGGUCAGGCAUCAACAAAGAUCUAACCGGGUUGUCUCUUGUCGACGUUCUUCGUUGUCUCAACCUCGUCUCUCUCACACCGCAUCGACGGGAUUCGAUCACUGAAUCUCAGCUUCUGUUGUAUGAUGUCACCGCUAAUAAAGACAAGGCCCUGAUAACGCGCAAUCUAGGGACCUACUUUCAACGUGUCCAACGAAGCAAUCUGACCCGGGAGUUGAAAAUUUGGAGUCGACUCUCUCACGACAGCUGCCUUCGGCUGUAUGGCGCCUUCCAAAUAGGUUUGAAUGUGCACUUCAUUGUCGAAGUCGCUUCGUUGCAUACACUGGAACAUUAUAUCGGCAGUCUCCCUCCCCAAUCCGUAAAAGAAUCGGAUGCUCAAAGAUUGAUCUGGUCAGCAGCCAGAGGGCUCACUUAUCUCCACCGACAUUGUAUUGUCCAUCGCGAUUUCCGGCCUGGUACGUUGGUUCUUUGCUCUGAUAUGCGAUUGAAAAUUGCCGGUUUCAGCAAAGCUGUGAAACUGACCGCUGGCUACUCCUUGUGCCUCUGUGGACGACCUCAAUUCCGGCCACCGGAGAUGUUUAUGAAAACUGAAUUUGAUUUAUUUAAAGUGGAUGUUUGGGCGUUAGGUGUUGUUGGUUUUUAUAUUCUGACGCAGACACUACCGUUUCCUGUCACGUAUCCAGACGUUUCCACGCGUCUUUGGCCCGUAGCGAAGAAAAGCUGGCCUCAUUCCCAACUAAGUUACUCUUUCUUUAAUUGCCUGCUUGAACCCGAACCCGGGUUACGACCUACAGCCUUGCAAACUCUCUUUCAUAAAUGGAUCCACCGGCAUAUAAACACGAAGUCUUAA